CCUACAAACUCGAAGACAAUCAAGCUCACCAGACCGAGCCAGAAAGCAGUCGGACGAUAAGCUCAGACAUUUAAAAGGCAAAACAUAUCCCUGAAAAUGACUCUCUAAGCACUCUCAACCAGCAAAACUUCUCUGCAACACAUACCUCAUCCACAACCCAAGGAGAUAAUUUCGAACUCCAUUUCGCCAAAAAACCCAAUCUUGCACGAAAUCCAGAACCAAACCAAACCAAAUGUUACAUCAUGCGACUUCAAAUCCUUAUUAAUCCCAACCCUCCCAUCAUUCUCCCACCCCAUGGCUCCACACAAAAUCACUCAGCCCUGGCGCGAACUAAGCGGCAUUAACAACUGGGAAGCUCUUCUGGAUCCCCUGCACCCCGAUCUCCGCCAACACAUCAUCAACUACGGGGAGCUAUCCCAGGCCGUAUACGACGCCUUCAACGACGAGGAGGCCUCGCAAUUCACCGGCGCGCCGCGGUACGGCCGCCAUGAUUUCUUCGACAAAGUGUGCCUCACCGCGGGACGCGCGUACAGGUACAGGGUAACGAAGUUUGUUUAUGCGACUGCAGGGGUGGAGAUGCAGGGAGGGUUCAUAUUGAGGUCGGGGAGGAAGGAGUGGAGGCUAAAGGAGUCAAAUUGGAUGGGGUAUGUUGCCGUGGCUACGGAUGAGGGGAAGGCGGCGGUGGGGCGGCGAGAUGUGGUGGUGGCGUGGAGGGGGACGGUGAGGCCGCUGGAAUGGGUGAGUGAUUUGCAGUCUGUGUUGGUUCCGGCGGGGGAUAUUGUUGGGGGUAGAUUGUGGGAUGGUGGGGAUGAGCCGAGAGUGUAUUUGGGAUGGAAGUCGAUUUAUACGACGGAGAAUGCGGAGUCGCCGUUCAAUAAGAAGAGUGCUAGAGAUCAGGUGCUCAAAGAAAUCAGAAGGCUAAUUGACUUGUACCGAGACGAGGAGGUGAGCAUCACCCUUACAGGCCAUAGCCUCGGCGCUGCUCUCGCCGCCAUUUGCUCCAUGGACAUUGUUGCUCAUGGAUACAACAAGCCAACUGGCCAUCCAGACCGCUCCGCUCCUGUCACCGCCAUCGUCUUCGCGAGCCCGCACGUCGGCGAUGCUGCCUUCAAGAAGGCAUUCGACUACCUGGCUCCGGAUCUGCGGUUGCUGCGCAUCACCAACAGCCCGGACUUAGUCCCCAGGUAUCCCCUCCUAGGAUAUACAGAAGUCGGCGCCGAGCUCGUCAUCGAUGCACAGAAGUCGAAGUUCAUGAAGUCGCCUGGUGGGCCGGAGGGCUGGCACAGCUUGGAGGCCUACAUGCAUGGGGUGGCCGGAACACAAGGGAGUAAUGGUGAGUUCAAGCUGGUGGUGGACAGAGACAUUGCUUUGCUUAACAAAUAUAUGGAUGCUGUGAAGGAUGAGUGCAUGAUUCCGAUUUCUUGGUGGGUGGAGAAGAACAAGGGGAUGGCUCAGGGUAAGGAUGGGCACUGGAGGUUGGAGGACCAUGAAGAAGACGACGAUGAUGUUUUCAUGGACAUGUUGUUGCAUGACAUGUGACCCAAACAUGGGGCUAAAAGGAGAUUUUUAUGCACUAUUUGUUCAUAAUGAAGCACAAUAAGAGGGGGCAGGACAAUGUGAUAGUUGAUUUGAGUUUAUCCCAAUUAAAAUUAAAAAGAAGAUCUUUUGCCUCCUAAUAAAAUAU